AUGUCGUACGGUGGAUACAGCGGCGGCUCCGGUCGCGGUGGCUCUUACGGCGGCGGUCGUGGCGGCUACGGCGGUGGCUCCAGCUAUGGCAACGGAGGUGGCAGCUACGGUGGCGGCUCCUCCUACGGCGGUGGUAGUUCCUACGGUAACGGCGGAGGCGGAUACGGUGGUGGCUACGGCGGCGGCUACGGCGGCGGCGACCGCAUGAGCAACCUCGGUAGCAACCUCGGCGCCGUCGACUGGAACACGCUCGAUCUCGUCCCCUUCGAGAAGAACUUCUACAUCGAGGACCCCCGCGUCGCCGGCCGUUCCGAGGCCGAAGUUGCUGCCUACCGCAACUCCAAGCAGAUGACCAUCCAGGGCCAGAACGUGCCCAAGCCCGUCACUUCAUUCGACGAGGCCGGCUUCCCCGACUACAUUCUCUCUGAGAUCAAGAAGAUGGGCUUCAGCGAGCCUUCGUCUAUCCAGUCGCAGGCAUGGCCAAUGGCCCUCAGCGGUCGUGAUCUCGUCGCUAUCGCCGAAACCGGUUCGGGUAAGACCAUCGGUUUCGCCCUCCCCGCCAUGGUUCACAUCAACGCUCAGCCGCUUCUCAAGCCCGGCGACGGUCCCAUCGCCCUCAUCCUUGCUCCUACUCGUGAGCUUGCCAACCAGAUCCAGGUCGAGUGCAACCGAUUCGGCGGCUCCAGCCGCCUCCGCACUUGCGCCGUCUACGGUGGUGUUCCCAAGGGACCCCAGAUCCGCGACCUCCAGCGCGGUGCCGAGAUCUGCAUCGCCACUCCCGGUCGUCUCAUCGACAUGGUCGACGCUGGCAAGACCAACCUCCGACGUGUCACCUACCUUGUCAUGGACGAGGCCGACCGAAUGCUCGACAUGGGUUUCGAGCCUCAAAUUCGCAAGAUCUUGCAGCAGAUCCGUCCCGACCGACAGACGCUCAUGUUCUCGGCCACCUGGCCCAAGGAGGUGCAGCGUCUUGCCGGAGACUUCCUCAACGACUACGCACAGGUCAACAUCGGCUCCAUCGAGCUUGCUGCGAACCACAACGUCAAGCAGAUCAUCGAGGUCUGCACAGAAUUCGAAAAGCGAGGCAAGCUCAUCGGUCACCUGGAGACCAUCUCGGCCGAAAACGGCAAGGUCAUCAUCUUCACCAGCACCAAGCGUGUUGCUGACGACUUGACCAAGUUCCUUCGCCAGGACGGCUGGCCUGCCCUCUCUAUCCACGGUGACAAGCAGCAGCAGGAGCGCGACUGGGUGCUCGCAGAGUUCAAGUCCGGCCGCAGCCCCAUCAUGGUUGCUACCGCUGUAGCAUCUCGAGGUCUCGUCAACAGGACGCUGUCGUGCGUUCCAAAGCGGAUGUUUCUCGCCAGCCGCAUCGGCAUGCCCAAACACUCAACAGUGUUGCAUGUCUUGCCAAAAAGUACUAAAGUACAAAGUCAUGUACUGACUCGUGUCAUUGCUUUCCCUUCACUAAUCAUCCUCGCAGUCAUCAACUACGACUUCCCGACCAACACUGAGGACUACGUCCACCAGAUCGGCCGUACCGGUCGUGCCGGACGCACUGGUACCGCCUACACCUACUUCACCCCCGAGAACUCCAAGUCGGCCCGAGAGCUGAUUGGCAUUCUUCGUGAGGCCAAGCAGGAGAUCCCUCGUGAGAUUGAGGAGAUGGGUCGCUUCGGCGGUGGAGGAGGUGGACGUGGUUUCCGCGGCGGUCGUGGCCGUGGUCGCGGCCGUGGCGGCUACGGAGGUGGCGGACGCACUGGUGCCAACUCGUUUGCCGUCGGCAACUCGAGGUGGUAA